UCUCAGUCACUGCCUGCGGAACUUCAAGAAACAGAAGCUUUUCUCUGUAUAGUCACACCUUAUACAGAUAUGAAGCGAUGGCUUUUCAGGCAUGGAGUUAAGACAGAGGUGUCUAAUGAGGCUAAGGUUGUGUAAUAAAUGUGUAAAAGAUGGGGAACCAGGAGUUGGAAGAUGUGUUCGUAGCUGUUAUCCGACCAAAAAAUGCAGUGAGCCUUAGUUCCAAAGAGUACCGCACCAAAGCAUAUGAGAUUCUUUUGCUUGAAGUUCCACUUGAAGGAAAAGAGAAGAAAAGGAAGAAGGUUCUCCUCAGAACCAAAAUCCAUGCGGACAGUGACAAAACAAAGUCAGUCCUUGAAUAUGUAAAUGAAACAACUAAGCCUAUAUCAAAUAAUCAAGGCAUAAUAGGAAAGCGUGUGGUGCACAUGAAGAAGUUUCCUCUUGAUGGGGAGAAUGAAGGCAAAGAGGCGUCUCUAUUUAUUGUGCCAAUUAAUGUCAAAGACAAUAGUAAACCUGUGUAUCACCCUGGAAGUCCCAGCUUUUACUGCCUUCAGGACAUCAUGCGUGUGUGCAGUGAAACCAGUGCCCACUUCUCCCCGAUUACCUCAAAGAUGCUGCUUGCUCUAGACAAGUGGUUAGCAGGGCAGCACACUGUGCCACACGCUAUUCCUGCACUCUUCAGACCUGCUCCCAUGGAGAGGGUGAAGACCAACGUGUGCAACCCCGCCUAUGCCACUGAGAGCAAUCAAAGUGACACAUCCCUACACAUGGGCUAUACCGCCCUGGAGAUCAAGAGCAAGAUGAUGUCACUGGAGAAGGCCGACAUGUGCAUAGAGAAUCCACUCUAUGGCUCAGACCUGCAGUAUACCAACCGAGUGGACAAGGUCAUUAUUAAUCCAUACUUUGGCUUAGGAGCUCCAGACUAUUCCAAAAUCCAAAUUCCAAAGAGGGAGAAAUGGCAGCAUAGCAUGACCAGUGUCACUGAGGACAAAGAACGACAGUGGGUGGAUGACUUCCCCCUUCAUCGUAGUGCUUGUGAGGGAGACACUGAACGUCUGUCCAAACUGCUAGACAGUGGUUUCUCUGUCAAACAACUUGAUAGUGACCACUGGGCUCCUAUCCAUUAUGCUUGCUGGCACGGAAAGGUGGAAGCCACCAAGCUUUUGCUGGAGAAAGGGAACUGUAACCCCAACCUGCUCAAUGGUCAGCAAAGCUCACCCUUACACUUUGCAGCUGGAAGAGGCCACUCUGAGAUUGUGGAACUUUUGCUGCAGCACCCUGAGAUAGACCGGCAUAUGGAGGACCAACAAAAGCGCUCACCUCUUCAAGUCUGUGAGGAGAACAAACAGAACAACUGGGAGGAGACUGUGAAAUUUCUUAAUAAAGCCAAUAGCCAGCCAUAUGAAAAGGUGCGUAUUUACCGCAUGGAUGGUUCUUACCGCUCUGUGGAGCUGAAGCAUGGCAAUAACACCACAGUUCAGCAAAUCAUGGAGGGCAUGCGGCUGUCACAGGAGACACAGCAGUACUUUACAAUCUGGAUCUGCUCUGAGAACCUCAGUCUGCAGCUAAAGCCCUCUCACAAGCCAUUACAGCAUCUGCGUAUGUGGCCUGAAAUCGUGACAGACUUGACUGCGCUGGACCCGCAGAGGGAAAGCCCCCAGCUUUUCCUUCGUAGAGACGUCCAUCUGCAACUAGAUGCAGAGAAGAAGAUUGAAGACCCCCUGUCCAUUCUCAUCCUGUUUGAUGAAGCUCGCUACUUCCUGCUCAACGGCUUCUUUUCAUCACCAGACAGCAAGCUUAUUACUCUGGCCAGCCUCCUCCUGCAGAUCAUCUAUGGCAACUAUGACAGCAAGAAACACAAACAUGGCUUUUUGAAUGAGGAAAACUUGAAAUCCAUAGUGCCCAAAUCCAAAGUGAAAAGUAAAGCACAUCACUGGACCAACAGGAUACUUCAUGAGUACAAGAAUCUAAGCACCAGUGAAGGAGUGAGUAAGGAGAUGCAUCAUCUGCAGCGUCUUUUUCUUCAGAGCUGCUGGGACAUUCCUACCUACGGAGCUGCAUUUUUCACUGGUCAGGUCUUUACCAAGGCCAGCUCAAGCACCCACAAGGUUAUCCGGGUUUAUGUGGGGGUCAACACCAAAGGCCUUCACCUGAUGAACAUGGAAACCAAGGUGCUUCACCUCAGUCUUGAGUAUGGAACCUUCAUCUGGCAGCUGGGCCAGGCUGACCAGUAUGUCCAAAUCCACAGUCUAGAGAACAAAAAGAACUUUAUAGUGCACACCAAACAGGCUGGCCUUAUAGUGAAAUUACUGAUGAAACUGAGUGGCCUGAUUACUCCAAACGAAAGAACAGCGUCAGACAAGUAUGCUUAUGGCUGAAUACACAAUCAUAUACUGCAGUUUCAAAACUCCUGUUGUUGGACUGCCUCGACUUUUUAACUGUUUUUAAAUUAAUGACCAAAAAGUGUUUUUAGAAAUAGUAUGUAACUUAUCAUCUCAAAAUGAAUGUAGUCUUAUAUCUGAGGUUGUAGUGUUUUUAUUAUAUAUAAUAUUCCAUUUGGAACACAUUUUUGCAUUUUGUUACUAUCAUUUAGAAAUGUUCAUUUAUGUUUGUAAAUAUUUGUAUUUAAGGGUUAAAUUUUAAUAAAAGUAAAUAUCACAGAUAAGGCUGUU